GUCGUGCACUUUACAGUGAAAGGACUGUGUAACCAUGAGGGUGUAAACAAACCGUCCACUUGCUUCAGGUAGCUGUGUUUUCAGACACGUUGACCUGUUGUACUCGGGGUAUUGGUGGUGUUGUUCAGCUCCAGAUGGAGAUCUUUGGAAGCUCGUUUGAUGACUCGAUGUUUGCGGAGGCGAAGCAGCGAGUCUCCGUGUCCGUGUCUCUGUCUAAGUCUGCUUAUAACGCCAAACUGUGUGAGCCCGAGUGGUUCUGUGAGAGUACUGCUCUUGAUACAGAUGAUCCUCUGGAGAAGCAGAAAAUCUAUAAGUUUAGAGGUGACUUGGCCGUGAGACAGGGGGACCAUCAGAAAGCCUUGGAUGCAUACAGCAGCUGCCUGGAGUGGAUCGCUGACAACAACCUGACCAUCAGAAGAGAUGUACUGGAGGGAAUGGCCCGAUGCUGCACCAAACUGGGACAGAGAGACAGGGCGCUGGACUUGGCUGACUUACUGAGCAAAGAUGCCUCCAACACCUGUCACCUGACCGGCCUCCUGCUGCUCAAGGUCAGCAUCUACCAGCAUUUUGGAGUCGUAGGAUCAAAGAUGUCGUCUCUGCAGCGGCUGUGUAUCCUGCUGCCCUUCAACCCCUGGCACUGGUACAACCUGGGACAGACGUGUCUGCAGCUGCUGGACAGCGACAGAACAACAGGAUGGUGUUCCCUACAGAGGUGUGAAUCAGCAGAAGAGCAGAAUGAUGGAGACACUGAGGAACUACAGGAGGAGGCAGCAGAGCUCGAUGAGGACAGAAUCUGGCUGAAAGCUUGCACCUGUUUCAUCAGGACGAGACUCCUGUUGAGAUUCCUUCGACAGCAGCAGUCCUCCUUUGUGUUGCAGCGCACUGAGAGCACUCUGCAGAUGGCAGACGAGGUGUUACACAGGCUGAAUCCCAAAGAAACAACCUUGCAGGCUCUCACCGAGGUGGUGUCAGAGGACCUGAUCCCAGAUAAGAUGAGAGAGGACUACCAGGAUGGGGAGAGUCUGGCCAGUAUGUGUGUGCAGAGCUUCAGGGAGCGCUGGUGGAACAAGAUCUUACUGACUGGUGUGCUAAAGACUGAUGGCUGUCAAUAUCAGACGCAGACGGAUACACAGUCCUGAUGCUCCUCCGGUGAUGCCAGUUUACAGAGAAGUUGGCAGACAGGAAGGUACUGAGGAACAGACUGGAUGAACUGAAAGCCAAAUCCAAAUCCUGAAACAGAAGUGGACAUUAUUGAUAUCAUAACCAAAAUACAUGUGGAAAUACACAAAUACAGGUCAAAUGCUAAAUUGUUGCUGAAUACCCCCCCAAAAUACACAAUAUUCAAAAGUAUAAAUCACACCUCUCCCCUUAAUUCAAGCACAGUGAAUGUAGUCAUAGUUAAUCACACAGUAUUAAAAAAAACAGAUUAACCAUUAAUAUUUCAUCCAGUUUAUACUGUGUAGUAUAGUUUGACAGUGAUUCUAUUCUGCAUUGAAACAAAGUAUCUAAGCCUAAAAUAUCACUUAUGCCUUAACAUGUACAUAUCGUAAGAAUAAUUGAAAUAAAAUAUGUUUUAUUGUUCUGAAA